CAGGCAAACCACUGGGCAUGCCAGUACAUCCCGUAAUCCUCCCCCCACCCCAAUCCUCUUCCUCCCUGCUCCCAAGGAAGGGCUUCCAGCAAACGGUACUGCUGCUCAGACUGGUCUGUCUUCACCCCCAGCAAGGAGGGAGGCAGGAUGCAAAUUGGGCUUUGGCUGGUGACCAGCACCUUGGCUGCAGUGCUGGGAAUGGUCCUGUCUGAGGAUGGAUUGUGUUGGGCACCAGCCGGCAAGGAUGGCUUCCCGGGAGUCCCUGGUCUUGAUGGGAGGCCAGGGCAGAAGGGUGACGUGGGAGAGCCAGGGAAAUCAACACAGAGGACAGGCAUCCGGGGACCCAAAGGGGAUGCAGGUGAGCCGGGUCUUCCUGGUAUCCCAGGGAACCGGGGCUACCAUGGCCCGCAUGGUCCCCCUGGGCUCCCAGGCAAGCCAGGGCCGAAGGGUGACAAGGGGAAAGCUGGCAAUAUCCUGGAGCAGCCGCGUCCUGCCUUCUCUGCCUCGCGGAAGUCCCCACCGUCCAUGGGCAGGACUGUGGUGUUUGACAACAUCAUCACCAACCAGGAGAACUCCUAUAGCCCCCAGACUGGGGAGUUCACCUGCCGUGUCCCCGGGCUCUACUACUUCGCCUACCAAGUGGUGUCCAGCGGUGACCUCUGCCUGAGCAUCACCAAGAACAGGGAGAAUGUGGUCAGCUUCUGCGACUACAACAGCCGCGAACUCCUGCAGGUGAACUCGGGCAGCACUGUGCUCAGCCUGGCCAUGGGCGACCAGGUCUCUGUGAGCACCGACCCUGCCAGGGGCAGCAUGAUUUACAGCGGCUCCGAGGCAGACAGCGUCUUCAGCGGCUUCAUGGUCUUCCCGCAGUCGGGCUGACGGGCCACCAGUCCGAACCUGCUUAGCACCAGAGCGUUGCAGUGUGCGCGUGUCUGCAUGUGUUUUCACCCUGCGAGUGCAUGGGGUGGUCUUAUAUAGGCAGCACACAGGGACAGCCCCGGAUUGAGCCACCAGCUGGAUCCUGUGCUUCCACCAGUGUCACAAAGUGGCCAGGCGCUGCGCCUGCCUGCUCCAUCCUGGAGGCAGAGGACUCCCAGCCCCAGCAGCCCUGUCUCCUCCCGGGCGUUCAGACCCCACACUGCAGGGGGCCAGUUGCCACUGGGGCCAUUCACCGGCUCUGGCUCUUUGCUCCUGAGUGGGAAAUCACUGUGUGCCACUGCUUCUGCUGCACUAACCAUUGCAAACGCCUUUCUGGCGCUGGGCCACCACUGCCUCUCACGUCCUUCCCAUCAGUAUAAAUAAACCCUUCUUUCAUGACA